GUGUCUUUGCAUUGUUGCUCUGUGACGGGGGCUGCUGCUUCGACCUGCCAUUGCCGCCCUUUCCCGUCUCCCAUCGCGGCAACCUCUGACCGGCGACGAUCUGCUCCUGCCCUCCAGCCGCUGUGUCUUUGCAGCUAUUCCGUCCCUGGAACCUCCCCCUUCCUCUCUCUCUCUCUCUCUCUCUCUCUCUCUCUCUGUUGUCUUGCGGCCGCCAUGGGCAGCGAGCUCCGACCCCGAAAGAAAAACUUGAAGAGGAAAAGGACUCACCCGGGAGUUGAACCCGAAUCCAUUGACUCGCUACCGUGGAGUUCCGCUCUUCCCGGCGAGGCCGACGACCCCGCCUUCUCUCUCUUCACUGGCUCUAAUGAGCUCGACGGGGGUUUCCUGUCGCUUGAAGAGAUUGAUGAAGCCGAAUACGGUUUGGCUAUUCCGACAGCUGGCGAGCAGAAACCCAUGAGAACCGGGGUAUUCAAGGAAAAGAAGCAUACGGGUGGCGUUGAAGGGGAAAGUGAUGAGGCCGCAGAAGGAAAGCAGGAGGAAAAGGUAAAGAGUAAGAAGAAGAAGAAGAAGGAGAAGAAGAAGAAGGAGAAGCAGAAGACCACGACGAUGGAGGAGGAAAACAAUGAGGAAUCGAUUGAGAGUGCCCAAGAUGUAAAUGGUACUGCAGAUGUUAAUGGGGUCGAUGGAGAUGCUGAUGAUGAGGGGUUAGACGAUCCCGAGUUCCAAGCUUGGAAUAAGUUACGGUUACAUCCUUUGAUUAUGAAAUCUAUUCAUAGGCUUGGAUUUAAGGAACCGACACCGAUACAGGAAAAAUGUAUUCCUAAAGCUGCUCAUGAAGGGAAGGAUGUCAUAGGUGCUGCAGAGACAGGGUCAGGAAAAACACUUGCUUUUGGUUUGCCCAUCAUGCAACGACUCCAUGAGGAACAGGAAAAGGUAGAAAGGAUGCGAAGUGAGAAAGGAGAGGAAGCAGAAAAAUAUGCUCCCAAAGGUGUUUUACGGGCUCUUAUCAUCACUCCUACUAGGGAACUCGCUCUUCAGGUAACCAAUCAUCUCCAAGCUGUAUCCAAAGAUUCAAAUAUUAGGGUAGUUCCUAUUGUUGGAGGGGUGGCACCUCAGAAGCAAGAGAGACUUCUAAAAGCAAGGCCAGAGGUGGUGGUUGGAACUCCAGGGAGAUUAUGGGAACUCAUGUCUGGAGGUGAAAUCCAUCUUGUUGAGUUACAUUCUUUGUCAUUCUUUGUACUUGAUGAAGCUGACCGGAUGAUUGAAAAUGGACAUUUCCGGGAGCUGCAAUCGAUAAUUGAUAUGCUUCCCUUGAGCAAUGGCUCUUUGAGAGGGGACUCACAGGAUACACAAAAUUGUGUGACAGUGUCAAAUGUGCAAAGAAAGAAGAGGCAGACUCUCGUUUUCUCUGCCACUCUUGCACUAUCUGCUGACUUUCGGAAAAAGCUGAAACGUGGUCUAUCAAAAUCAAAGCUGCCAACAAUUGAUGGAUUAAGUUCUAUCGAAACACUUUCUGAACGAGCUGGUAUGAGAGCUGAUACUGCUAUCAUUGAUCUCACAAGUACAUCGAUUUUGGCAAACAAGCUUGAGGAGUCAUUUAUAGAAUGCAGGGAAGAAGAUAAAGAUGCGUAUCUAUAUUAUAUUCUAAGUCUGCAUGGGCAAGGCCGCACAAUUGUCUUCUGUACAUCAAUAGCAGCUCUGCGCCAUAUAGCUUCUAUUCUACGCAUCCUUAACAUCAAUGUUUGUACUCUGCAUGCGCAGAUGCAGCAACGAGCUCGAGUUAAGGAAGCCGAUCGCUUUCGAGACAAUGAAAAUGGUCUACUUAUUGCAACUGAUGUAGCAGCAAGAGGUCUUGAUUUUCCUGGUGUCCGAACAGUGGUUCACUAUCAGCUUCCACAUUCUGCUGAGAUCUAUGUUCACAGAAGUGGAAGAACUGCUAGAGCUUCUGCUGAUGGAUGCACUGUAGCAUUGAUUUCUCCAAAGGAGACAACCAAAUUUGCCACCUUAUGCAGAUCAUUUUCAAGGGAAUCUUUUAAGCGGUUUCCUCUAGAGAGUUCAUACUUGCCAGAGAUUAUGAAAAGAUUGUCUUUGGCACGGCAGAUUGAGAAAAUUUCCAGAAAGGGUUCUCAGGAAAAGGCGGAAAAGAGCUGGCUCCAGCGAAAUGCAGAGAUACUGGAAUUGGACAUAGAGGAAAAUGAUAGUGAGGAGGAAAAAGCAAUUGCAUACCGCAAAAAGAAAGCUAGUUCCAACCAAUUAAAAAAAUUACAAGAGGAUCUCAAUGCACUCCUUUCACGGCCAUUGCAACCAAAAACAUUCUCUCACCGCUUCUGGGCAGGGGCGGGUGUUUCACCUCUACGCCAGCAUCAGUUUGAGGAACUGGCCAAGGAAAAAUUAGAUGACAGUUCAAAGGUCUUGGUAGCAAAUAAGAAAAGGAAGCUGGUCGUUAUUGGUCAGGAUUGCGUGGAACCACUACAGGCACUUCGGAGUGCUGGUGAGGAGGUACACAUGAAUGUGAAAGAGGUAGCAGAGAAACGAAAAAUGAUGCAGACUUUGAAGAAAAAGAGAAAAGAUGAGAAGAAACGUUUACGUGAUCAACGGAGAAAGCAGAGGAGAAAACUGACCGGAGACGGCGAUUAGUUAAAGAUUUUUCAAUGUGAACUUGAUUUUGUUGAGAAAAAGCAGCAGGAUCUUGUUUAAUGUAUUUCGCACAGAACAGAGGAAUGUUCCUGCUGCUGCUUAUACUCUUAUGACGACAAUGGCCUAUACGCUGCACAAUUUUGCCUUGCUUUUUUUUUCGACUCGAGAUGCCAUGUAUAUUUUCACAGAUUCUUUUAAAUAUACCUAUUUGAGAUGGGUCUGGAAUAGUAGGGUUGUUCUUCCUUUUAACAUUGCUGCGUUUGUUUUCAAGCUGUUGGUUGUACGGUUUCUGCUCCCUUUUUAUUUUUUAUUUUUGGUAUUUUCUUGUAUUCAAGGAAAUUACAGUCUUCUUCAAUAUCCAGAGCUGGUUAAAGAUCAAAA